ACCAGCGCAUGCGCUUCGCUAUAUUCCGGAGCAGCAGUCCAACCUCCUCGAAUAAAUCAUUUAAUCUUCAAAGAGAUGUCUCGGUUUGAAAAGCCGAUAUGCGUACCAAAUAGUCACUUGCUUCAGCAUCGCAUACCGAAUCGUGGGCGUUGA